CUUGGCUAGGUUUAUGACGUUGAAACAGCACUUUAUUCCGCUUUCUCUACGUGUGCCAUCCCGGAAGCAGCUAGAACCACCGCAGGCAACCUAGCCAAAAUCCCCGACAUGGCGCGGCAAAUCUGGGCCGUCCUUGCUUCGUUCCCACUGCUGCUCAACGCACGCGAGGAGUGUGGUGCCACGCCCUCAAGGAGUUUGGCCAUGGUCCAAACAAGGCACCAGCUGGUGAAUGAGUCAAACAAAAGCAAGGAGACCCGGCUCAAGGCCUCCAACGAGACGCAGAAUGAGACGAGCUGGAUGGACCAGGCCUGGAAGAAGGUGGAGAACGCGUCCUCGUCAGUGGCCGAGACGGUCUCGGAGGCUGGACACGAAGUCUGGUCGGCCACCAAAGGCCUUGGAGAGAACAUCGUUCGGCACUGGGAGGGAAAUAGCUCGAAGAAGCACCCGAAGACGGCGUCAGAGCGGUCGGGCGGAGCGCCAGGCAUCACAAGCGAGAGCUGCGUCACUGUGAAGACUGGAAAGGCUGAAGCAUGGCUGACGGCUGCGGCGCCCGUGGGGGUCAUGUGCAUCUUCGGCGUCGAUCCGCGUGAUGAAGGAUCCCACUGCAUCGAGCAGGGUGGCCCCUAUGGGGUCAACGGCUGGUGCUGGACAAAAAAGGACCGCUCUGCCUGGGGCCAUUGCUCGGAAAAGUGCCCGUUGAGUGGGCAGGAGAAGGUGCUGGCAGAGAAGCUGGAGGAGAUCGAAAAGAAGUUGGACACCGUGAGCCAGGCGGUGGCCUCUUCGGAUCACCCAGAGAGUCACCCGGAGAAGCCGAAGUGACUUGAGUGACCCGUGCAAAAGCGAAGGCACGGUGGAACGGUGGAAAGCGAUGGCACGUGCCAGUUGCUUUGGAUGAACCGGCGAGAAUCAGGCCUCAAUUCAUGUGAUGCAAGCGCUGAUGAGCAUGAGGGCAUGCAAGCCAGAUCUGUGCACCAG